UCCCAACACAUGCGUCAUCGAGGAGGUUCCGGGCACCAAGCACAAGAUCUGGACCGAGUGCAAGUACUGGGCCGACCGUGACAUCUGCGGUCGGAAGGCGGUGGUGCGCUAUGACUGCUGCGAGGGCUUCAGCCGCGUCGAGGGCCAGCACGGCUGCACUGGAGUGCUGCCGCUGCAGGACGUGGUGAAGACGGCCCGCGCCGCCGGCGCCGCCCGCUUCGCCGCGCUGCUCGAGUCGUCCGGGCUGGCGGACCGGCUCCGAGCCGAGGGGGGCGCCUUCACGGUGUUCGCGCCCUCGGACCAGGCCAUGGAUGAGCUCACGUCGGCGCAGCUGGCGGCGCUGCGGGGGGCGCGCGCCAACAACCCGAUCCUGAACCACCACAUCGUGGCCAACAAGAUGAUGUCCAAGUCGUGGGGCGCAGACCAGCAGCUGCUCAGCCGCCUGCAGGGGAGCAUGCUGCGCGUCAACAAGUACUCCAGCAAGAUCGAGACCGUCAACUGUGCCACCAUCGUCCGCAAGGACCAGGAGGCGACCAACGGCGUGGUGCACAUCGUGGACGCCCUGCUGGACCCGGAGCGGUCGACGCACGUCGACCUGUCCGUCGCGGUUGAGCAGGACGGUCGUUUCCGGCAGCUGUCCCGCCUCAUGCAGCGCUCCGAACUCUUCAACACGCUGCGGCGCCAGAACGUGGCCUACACGCUGUUCGCCCCCAACGACGAGGCCUUCCAGAAGAUUCCCGUGGCGCGCCUGCAGCGCCUCGAGGCUGACGACGAGGCCAGAGACGCGCUGCUGCGCCACCUCGUGGUGCCGCACCCCGUGUGCGUGGGCGCCGUGGUGGGGCCGCACCGCUUCCCGACGCGCGGCGCGGAGCGCCUGGCCUUCGACUGCGACGCGCGCGGCGCCACCGUCGCGGGCGUGCGCUUCGGCGCGGACGCCGACAUGACCCUCGCCACCGACGGCCUGCUCUACAUGCUGGACGACGUGCCCCUGCCGAACCGAGUCAAGACCCUGCUGCAGCUGGUCCAGGAGGAGCGGCUCUACAGCUUCGCCGAGGUGGUGCGGGCCGCCGGUCUCGAGUCCCUCCUCGACGGCGACGGCGACUACACGCUCUUCGCUCCGUCCGAGGCGGCCAUGGCCUCGCUGGCGUACGGCCAGCUCAACAGGCUGCGCGCGGACCAGGCCGCGGCCAGGAGCUUCGUCAUGCUGCACCUCUCCCGGGGCAGGAUCGCCACCGAGACCAUCACGGACAACCAGGUGGCGCAGACGCUGGAGAACGACGCGCUGCGCCUGCAGGUGUACCGCAAGGGCUACGGCGUGGAGGACGCCCUGAUCGAGCGCCCCGACGUGCAGGGCCUCAACGGGGUGCUGCACGUCAUCACCAAGUGCCUGCGCUCGGCCAACGUGACGCUCGAGGAGACGCUGCGCCAGGACGGCAACUACACGACUUUCCUCCGGGCCAUGGACCGCCUGCGGGAGGACUCGCCCAACUCGCUCGAGUUCCGCGGUAGCAGGACGGCCUACACCUUCCUGGUGCCGUCGGACCAGGCCUUCCAGCGCCUGGGCGUCGCCAAGCUGCAGAGCCUCCUCGCCAACACGACGCUGCUCGCCCGGACGCUCAAGAACCACGUGGUCGACGAUAUGGUAGGCACCGAGUCCUUCCGGGAAAACCUGCAGUACACGGUGCCCUCGAGGCAGAGCAGCCUCCACGUGACCAGGGCCGACGGCAAGCUCAGGGUGAACGAUGCGACGGUGCUGACGUGCGACCGCACCAACCGGCAGGGGGUCGUGCACUACAUCAACAAGGUGCUGAUCCCGGAGGAGCAGCACGUGCACGUGACGGUGCCGCCCGUGUCCGUGCCGCGCGUGCGCUGGGAGGAGCAGGAGCGCACGACGGUGCACGAGGAGCGCGGCGAGGACGACGACGACUACGUGGACCCGGACCUGGGGCCGCAGCCCGAGGUGUACCGCGGCCGGCCCGGCCCCGCCCUGCAGGAGGAGCACCGCUACCGCGAGGAGCACGUCGCGGGCCGCGGAGGAGCGGCGUCCAGCUGGCGCCAGCAGCAGCACCACCAGCAGCAACGGGUGCAACACGCGGCGCAUCACUACCUGCACAACACCAACAACUACUACCAGGAGUAGCAAGCAAGGGAAACCGCGAAAUUUCAAACCCCUGCAUAUUAACACACGACACGCCGCAUUCAAUACACACUAACAGAACAACUCUCCACGAUUGUAAGUUAUGUCACGCAAACUUUCACUCGCUGGCAUGAUAAAAUCUCAUCAGUAUAUUAAAA